UGGGUUGAUUAUACGUAAACCAAAGAAGACAAGACCGGUAAACCAAUUGAAAAUAGGGAGACAGAUGAGACCUGUUGAUAGAUAGAACCGGGCUUGGUUCAGAUCGCGACAAGCCCUAACGAGUGUAAACUUGUUGUUACCCAUCUGCCCCCAAGAAUCGACGACGAACGUGAUCUCAGCUAUCGAUUUCCAGACAUCGAAAAAAUGGCUGUCUGCACCAAACUCGGGGUUUUACAGAACAGAAAUGUUCCAGUGACAUCAAUGCUCCGCUACAUGUCCACAAAACUUUUCAUUGGUGGCCUAUCGCCCGGAACUGACGACCAUUCCUUGAAGGAUGCUUUCUCUACCUUCAAUGGAGUGACAGAGGCAAGAGUCAUGACAAACAAAGUGACAGGAAGGUCAAGGGGUUAUGGAUUUGUCAAUUUCACAAGUGAGGAGUCUGCCAAGUCUGCUAUUUCAGCUAUGGAUGGACAGGAGUUGAAUGGGUGUAACAUCCGUGUGGAUGCUGCAAAAGAAUGGCCAAGCUUGCCGUUAUCUUUGGUCGAAGGUACAGAAGAUGAGAAGAAAGGCAAUAAGAUGGUGAGCCGAUCUGUAUGGAAAGAUCCGUUCGUUGACGCCUUCUUGAUGAAGAAGAAAAACGCAGCUCUGAACAGGAAAAUAUGGUCAAGGAGGUCGACGAUUCUGCCAGAGUAUGUUGAUUCGUCGGUGAGGAUCUACAAUGGCAAAACUCAUGUGCGUUGUAAGAUCACAGAGGGGAAAGUUGGGCAUAAGUUUGGAGAGUUUGCGUUUACAAGAAAAGUGACCAAGCAUCCUAGAGCAAAGUAAGUUUAAUGUUUUUGAGAAUGAAUUGGGUCAAGCUUGAGAGGAUUUGUUGGAGAAAGAAAAACAGAAACGAAUCAAUAAGAAUUUCCAAGUAGGGAUAUAACUCAUUUGAGCUUAGAAGUGUUUUAUAAUGAUGCCAAGUAUGGGACAUUAGAUCAUUUUUCACUUUGAUUAUGUAGUGGAAGAUAAUGGUUAUUUAUAAAUGAUUCCAACUGGUAAAAA